GUUGACUUGACUCCGGUUCGCCCCUUCUGAGAAGGAGACGAGAAGGAAAGCCAAAGCCCUCUUCCUUGUUUGCCGUGUCUGAUCCGAGCAAGGAGGAAACCGAGGUUGUGCAAUGGCGAGCGCUUUCCUCUCUUCCAUCCUAUCAAAAACCAGCCAAGUAUUGGGCUGUGUUCGCAGUUGGGCAGUCUCGCCGUCUUCAUCAUCGGAUCCACGCAGCAGUGUCUUGGAAGAUCUGAAGGAGCUGGAGAGAACAUUGGAGAGGAUCCGAGCAGUGCUCCAUGACGCGGAGGAGAGGGAGAUACGAGACAAAUCCGUCAAGCUCUGGCUGAAGGAGCUUAAAGAAGUGGCUUAUGAAGCAGACGACGUGCUGGACGAGUACCAGUACGAGGUACUGCGAGCCCAAGGGGAAAGCCGAACUUCCCGCAAGAGGAAGCGAGUGGAAGGGGACGAUGAGGAACAGGUUUCAAUUCCGGACGGCAUGGGGGAUAGAAUCAGAAAGAUCAGGGAGAGGUUCGAUAAGAUCUCGCAGGAUCGAGAAAACCUCCAUUUAAGAGAGGAAGAUGGAGAGCGACGAGUCCUCGAAGCUCCGUACCCAGCACCAACCAGCCACAAGGUGGAUGAGUCGAGUAUUUAUGGAAGGGAACACGACAAGCAGGCAAUAAUUGACUUGCUGUUUUCAGAGGGUGUGGGACAUGGUAUCUCCGUCGUUCCGAUUGUCGGCAAGGGAGGACUGGGAAAAACCACCAUCGCUCAGCUGGUCUAUAAUGAUCCCAAGGUAAAACAAUAUUUCAAUCUAACCGGAUGGGUUUGUGUAUCUGAUGAUUUCGAUGUUAAAAGGCUAACAAAGGACAUCAUUGAGUGUAUUACUCAAAAUUCAUGUCAUCUUGCACAACUAAGCACACUUCAAGAUACUCUCGAGGAAAAGCUGAAGGGGAAGAGAGUGUUGCUCGUGCUCGACGACGUCUGGAAUGAUCAGCAAAGCCAUUGGGAGAGAGUGUUGCUUCCCUUCAUUGGUGCAGAAAUAGUAAGAAUUAUUGUGACCUGUAGGAAUGAUUCGGUCGCUGAGAUCAUGCAGGCAGUGCAUUCUUAUCAUCCUCGCUGCUUGUCUCCAGAGCAGUCUUGGGCAUUAUUCAGGCAUUAUGCAUUCCAUGGUCGGGACCCUGAAGAACAACCACGCUUGUUGAAUAUGGGUAAGCAGAUUGUCGAGAAGUGUUCCGGCUUACCAUUGGCUGUGAAGUCAAUAGGAAGCCUUCUGAGAUACACGACAGAUGAAGAUAGCUGGAUGGAUGUCAUACAAAGUGAUAUAUGGGAAGUCGACGAGAAUAAUGAGAUUUUGCCAGCUCUUAGACUAAGUUAUAGCCGCAUGCCAGCACAUCUAAAACCUUGUUUCGUUUAUUGUUCCAUGUUUCCUAAGGAUUAUGAGUUUGACAAAGAUGAAUUAGUCCGAUUGUGGAUGGCACAAGCUUACAUCCAGACAUGUGGAGGUAGAAGAAGAACGGAAGACAUUGGCAGUGAAUACUUCAAUGACUUGCAAAGAAGAUCGUUCUUUGAUUCCUACUGGUCUAAGUUUAAGAUGCAUAAUAUGAUACAUGAUCUAGCGAAAUCUAUUGCAGUAAAUGAGUGCUGGGCAAUUGUGGAUAAGAAGCUGCCUAAUCAUCCCAACGAGGUUCGCCAUUUAUAUGUGAAAGCUGAUGAAAAGGAAUUUGGGAAAUCACUGUGCUCGAAUAAUCUUAGGGCCUUACGGACCCUGUUAAUACAGCAUCAGCUUAGAUUUCCAACAACAAUCCAAGAAUUAAUCAAGUUUCUGCUGCUACUAAGAUGUUUACAGACUCUAGAAUUUUGUUGGGAAAUGGAAGAUGAGAUCCCAGAUUUACUCGGUAACCUGAAGCACCUACGCUACUUACGUAUCACAUCCAACAAAAUUAAGAAGCUCCCUAAAUCAAUAUGCCUUCUUUAUCACCUACAGACAUUGGUACUUGAUUUUCCGCAUUUUGCAGAGUUACCAGAUGACCUAGGCAAUCUUACCAACCUACGAUACUUAAAUAUCAUAUCCAACAAAAUUAAAAAGCUCCCUGAAUCAAUAUGCCUCCUUUAUCACUUACAGACAUUGGUACUUGAUUGCCGGAAUCUUACAGAGUUACCAGAUGGCCUAGGCAACCUUACUAACCUCCACCACCUACAAAUUGUGAAUAGGGUAAAUCUCUGCCUGCCAGCUGGGAUCGGAAAACUAGCAAAUCUUAAGAGCUUGCUUGGAUGUUAUAAAGUGCAGGGUGGGAUAGGAGUGCUGACGGACUUGGUGAAUCUCCAAGGAUUUCUCAGGAUCUCAGGGCUCAGGAACUUGGUCAACAUAGAGAAUGUCAGGGAUGCCAGUCUUAAACAUAAGCAUAAACUUGAGAAGUUGUCUCUACAUUGGAAAGCGGUCGACUGCAAAAAUGAUCUGCGUCAUAACAGAUUGCUACAUCUAGAAUCUUUUUCAAAGAAAAAUAAGGAUGUCCCAGCGGAUGAAAAAAGGGAGGAAGCCAUGCUCAAGUAUCUCCAGCCUCAUGCCAACCUUAAAGUUUUAUCUAUAAAAGGGUAUGGUGGUUCCAAGUUUCCAGAAUGGGUGGGAAAUCCUUUCUCCUUUGCAUCACUUCAAGAAAUCGAUAUAAUCGGUUGUGAAAAAAUAAGAUCUCUUCCUCUAUACAUUUAUGACUCUCUUGAAAAUUUGGAUGCACCUAUAUCACCAUCCAUGCUUGAGAGGGUGUACAUAUCUGGUUGCCGGCAACUCACAUCCAUAGUAGGGCUGCAUCAUCUCCACUCACUCAAAGAUCUGAAGAUAUACAAUUGUCCUCAACUCCAGCUCUUAUCAGAGGAAGGACUGCCAUCCAAUCUUCAAGGUCUACAUAUUGAGGAGUGUCGGCAGUUGACAUCACUGUUGGGGAUGCAAAACAUUACUUCUCUUGGGGCAUUAACUAUAAGAAAUUGUCCUCAACUCCAACUCUUAUCAGAGGAAGGACUGCCAUCCAAUCUUCAAGAUCUGCAUAUUGAGGAGUGCCAGCAGUUGACAUCACUGUCAGGGAUGCAAAUCCUUACUUCUCUUGAGAAAUUAAUUAUAAAAAAUUGUUCUAAACUUCAGAUCAUGGCAGAAGAUCAGCUCUCAUUUGUGCCUUUUAGAGUGCAAAUUAUUAAUUGCCCUGGAUUGAGUAACUGGUGCCAAAUACAAAGAAUCAACUGCAUUCAGGUCGCUUCAGGCAACAAGAUGACUAUAUCGAACAAAUGGGAGAACAUAAUGCAUGGAUUUGAGCAUUUUUGUUUCGGUAGUUCUUGGGAACUCUUUCUGCCAAGAGACUCCAUAUCCGUACUUAAAAGGCUGACCAUAUGGGGUUGCAUGAAAAUCCCACCACUACAGUGCCUGCCCAAGCUCACAUCUCUUCAAAGCUUGGUUAUAAAGGACUGUCCUGGGGUCCAAGUCUUGCAAGAUGAACUGCUCCCAUCCACGCUCGAGUCCUUGGUGGUUGAUAGUUGUGAGGACCUAACAUUUUUGCGGUUGGGGCAGCAGGACCGACAUGCAUUUGAGGAGCUGCAGCUUGUGAAUUGCCCCAAGCUCAUAGACGUGGAAGGGCUGAAUUGCCUUUUCCUCAUAAAAAUCUUAAGAAUAGAACGAUGCCCUCAACUUCGGCUUCCACAAGAUGAUCUGCCCGAGCGCAUAUCUCUUCGAAGCUUGGUUAUAAAGGACUGUCCUGGAGUUCGAGUCUUGCAAGAUAGGUUGCUCCCAGCCACACUCAAGUCCUUGGUGGUUGAUAGUUGUGAGGACCUAACAUUUUUGCGAUUAGCGCAGCAGAACCGAUAUGCAUUUGAGGAGCUACAACUUAUUAAUUGCCCUAAGCUCGAAUUGGUGGAAGAGCUGAAUUGCCUUUUCCUCACAAAAAUCUUAAGAAUAGAACGAUGCCCUCGACUCUGGCUUCCACAAGAUGAUCUACCUGAGUGCAUAUCUCUUCGAAGCUUGGUUAUAAAGGACUGUCCUGGAGUUCGAGUCUUGCAAGAUAGACGGCUCCCAUCCACGCUCAAGUCCUUGGUGGUUGAUAAUUGUGAGGAGAUAACAUUUUUUCAGUUGGCGCAGCAGAACCAAUAUGCACUUAAGGAGCUGCAGCUUGUUAAUUGUCCUAAGCUUGAACGGGUGGAAGGGUUGAAUUGCUUUUUUGUCACAAACAUCUUAAUAAUAGAACGAUGCCCUCGACUCCAGCUUCCACAUGAUAUUAUUCGAGAUUUUAACCGUGGGUGCUCAGUUAGGUCUUGGAGUAGUCAAAUCGUCCCUCCACUAAUUCACCCGCAAAGUGCCAACAGACGGCUCUCACGUAUGCCUUGUAGAGUGCAAAUUAUUGAUUGCCCUGGAUUGAGUAACUGGUGCCAAAUAAAAAGAAUCGAGUGCAUUCAGGUUGUUUCAGGCAAUAAGAUGACUAUGUCGAACACAUGGGAGAAAAUAAUGCAUUGGUUUGAUGAUUUGACAUCCGUUAAGCAUCUUUGCUUCAGUAAUUCUUGGGAACACUUUUGUCUAAGAGCCUCCAUACCCAGAGUUGAAGAGCUGACCAUAUGGGGUUGCACGCAAAUCCCACAACUACGGUGCCUACCGAAACUCGAAUCUUUUCGAAGCUUGGUUAUAAAGGACUGUCCUAAAGUCCGAGUCUUGCAAGAUAAGCAGCUCCCAUCCACGCUCGAGUCCUUGGUGGUUGAUAGUUGUGAGAACCUAACAUUUUUGUGGUUAGCGCAGCAGAACCGAUAUGUAUUUAAGGAGCUGCAACUUGUUAAUUGUCCUAAGCUCGAACAGGUGGAUGGGCUGAAUUGGCUUUCCUUCCCAAAAGUCUUAAGAAUAGAACGAUGCCUUCUUCCGCUUCCACAAGAUGAUCGACAACCAUCUAUUCCUCCACAUGUUGAAGAUCAGUUCUCAUCUAUGCCUUACAGAGUGAAAAUUGUUGAUUGUCCUAGAUUGAGUAAAUGGGUGCAAAUACAAAGAAUCAAGUGCAUUCAGGUCGCUUCAGGUAACAAGCUAACUAUAUCGAACACAUGGGAAAACAUAAUGCAUGAGUUUGAUGAUUUGACAUCCGUUGAGCAUCUUUGCUUCAGUAAUUCUUGGGAACUCUUUCUGGAAACAAACUCUAUACCCGUACUUGAAGAGCUGACCAUAUGGUGUUGCACGGACAUCCCACCACUACGGUGCCUGCCCAAGCUCACAUCUCUUCGAAGCUUGGUUAUAAAGGACUGUCCUGGAGUCCAAGUCUUGGAAGAUAAACUACUCCCAUCCACACUCCAGUCCUUAGUGGUUGAUAAUUGUGAAGACCUAACGUUUUUGCUGUUGGCGCAGCAGAACCGAGAUGCAUUUGAGGAGCUGCAACUUGUGAAUUGCGCCAAGCUCAUAUGGGUGGAAGGGUUGAAUUGCCUUUUCUUUCCAAAAAUCUUAAGAAUAGAACGAUGCCCUCAACUUUCGCUUCCACAAGAUGAUCGAGAAAAUAGAGGGCAAAGAAACAAUUGAUGAUAGAACACAAGAGAAACAAGUGUUGGAUAGUGUGAAGAUCGAGCAUGCUAAUAGUGCAAAACCAUCGGUAAAAAUGGUUACAAUUGGAGGAAAAAAGCUGAAGCUCGCAAUCUGGGACACUGCUGGACAAGAAAGGUUCAGAACUUUAACCAGCUCAUAUUACAGAGGAGCACAAGGGAUCAUCAUGGUUUAUGAUGUAACAUGAAGGGAAACAUUCACCAACCUGGCUGAUGUAUGGGCUAAGGAAAUAGACCUUUACUCAACUAAUCAAGAUUGCAUCAAAAUGCUUGUUGGUAACAAGGUUGAUAAGGAAAGUGAGAGAGUUGUCAGAAAGAAGGAGGGCAUUGACUUUGCUAGGGAAUAUGGUUGUCUGUUUUUAGAAUGUAGUGCAAAAACACGAGUCAAUGUGGAGCAAUGCUUUGAAGAGCUUGUCUUAAAGAUCUUAGAUACACCAAGCCUCUUGGCUGAGGGUUCGGCAGGUGUGAAGAACAACAUUUUUAAGCAGAAGCCACCACAAGCUGAUGCUUCUACUAGCAGCUGUUGUUGACUGUUCUCCUUUACCCAAGAUCGUACACUUCAGAUUUCUCGUGGCAGCAUUCCCGCUGAUGGCGAUACAGAUGGUGAUUGGUGGUGAUUUUGUCUUUACAUUGUUCAUGUGCGGUGUCCAGAGACAGGUUUUCAUUACAAUCUCUCCUCCACCUCCUUAGAUGUUUUUGAUUCUGAGAUGUUUCAGCUUGAUAGAUUGAAUUUGAGUUUGUAUUGUGACAUCCAAUCAACCAGAGAAGAGUGGGUGAGAAAGGAAAUAUAAGACUCAUGAUACAUAAACAACCGCACUUCAUAAUAAACUAAUCAGCAAGCAAACUAAUUAUUAUACAUAAACAAGAGGGUCGCUCAAAUGUGGGCUUGAGCUGACAAUGCAAUUUGAGCAAAAUGUUGGUUUUGUGAGAAUUAAGGGUGAACUGUAUGCUUUUCCUCAAAAAGAUGAAUUGUAUAUUUUGAACCAAUUGUACUUAUUAUUUACUAUUGACAGUUGUUUACUUGUGGCUGGAGUGAGUGAAAAUAUAAGCACACUUCUCUUCUAUCCUAAUUUUAGUGCUACUUGUUAUCUUAAUAAAGAGGAUAUUAUUCUGAUUUCUCAUGUACAAUCAUAUCAAGUUUGUGAAUAGUUUUCCCCCUCAUUGUUGAAUACAAAACAGUGGAUUCUGACUUACCGGCUAUAAAGGAUUGCUUUGGAGGAGGUAUUGUGCAUUUCUAAUGGUCGAUGGCCAGAACAAUGCUUCUGAAGUCUGUCGUGGUGGCAUUUAGUCAUGGUGGUUUGUCAUCCUUGCCUGAAGCUGAGCAAAUAUUGGUUUUGGAUACAAAUGCUUGCGUUUUUGAACGGAGAAUGGUGGGUGCAGUAUUGUUGACACUGGGUUUGGAGUUUGGAGGAGAUAUUCUCUCACAGCUUGAACUCAACCAGACUACCGUUCUUUGAUAUUGGUUUGGAGAUGUUUUGGAAUUUUCAGAUGCAAAUUAUGAUGGUGUUGCUUGAGAAGUGGAGUUAAGUUGGUUUCAUACAGUGACUAUCCCUUAUAACAACCUGAAUCUACAGGACGAUUUGGCCUUGGCUAACUGCCAGCCGUGCUGAAAUUUCUGCUUCGAGGGAAGCGUCGAGCCUGCGAGACUCUGGAUCAAAAUUUGAGGGAAAGGAACUGCCAUGCACUCUCCAAUUGUCUUCUUUGCGGCUGACAUGAUGAGACUGUGAGUGACCUCUCUUGUUGUUUCUCCAGAGCAAUCUGGGAAAAAAUUUUGUUUCCUCUCUCUUUUUUUUCCAGAGAACUAAGAGUUUUUUGUUAAGAUAAUUAAAAGGGACAGACAGUGUGUUGGGUUGGA